GCCCUGUAGCUGCCCGGGUUCUGUGAAAUGUCAGUGAGGGUGGGGGAGAUCUGCGCGAAAUCCUGGGAAUACGCGUCAUAACACUUCAGGAGAGGAGCCUAGGGUGCUGGUCCUGCAGGGCGUGGAACCCUCUGCUUUUCCUGAGCAGGCCUUUUCCCUGGGUCGACACGAGGAGCUCAGUGUGAGGCCCUCCUGCAGAGUGGACGCGGAUCUUUAUGGUCUGCGUUUCUAUAUUAGCCUCAGCAGCCUGAUGACACCUUUAUGAAAGGUUGAAACACGAUAAAUUACCAAUAUUCCAUGUUUUAUGUAUUCCCCCCAAAGCCGACAAUUAAACAUGAUUCACCAAACAGCAAAUUCUUUGCAUACAUCCAUUAUUGAAAUAGUAAAAUCCAUGUGAUGGAGGAUGUGCAAACUGCAAAUCGUUAACGCUUUAGAACUACAUAUUUCUGUAUUGCCCUGGAAAGAACUGUACACAAAUGAAUAUUCCCUGUCUUUUUAAUUUUUACGGACGGAGUGUAUGGGCCACAUGCAGGUUAGGGGCUGAUCUGCUGAUUUUGCUGCCACUAGAGCAGAGGGAUAGUGAAAGCGGGGCUGAGCGCAGCACCGACCAAUCUCAUCGCCGCGCUUGCCCCGCGUGGAGGGAGCCGAGUGCCCGAACCUGAGGGAGAGACCUGGUACUAGAAGGGCCCGCGGACCCCGGCGUCUCCCGGGGCACGGGGGUUGAGCGCGAUCGCCCGCGUUUUACGGCUAGGGAAACUGAGGCGGCCACCGAGGGGACGCCUCGAAACCAUUCCGGCGAGAGCUGGCGGCGGCCUUGCUCUGCGAGCUCUUCGCGCCACUCGCCCUCCCCGCCCGCCCGCCGGCCUCAGGAUUGAGGAAGUGCGUCUGGGCCCGGCCCCGGCGCGCGGCCCGAGGCGCGGGGGGCAGACGGCUGUGGGACGGCCAGGCCCCGGCCCGCCAGUGUCCGCCCAGCCCCGCGUCCCGGAGCGUCUGUACCCGGGCCCCGCCGCCGCCACAGAACAAGAAAGCUUUCUGCUCAUCCAUGGCUAUGAGUUCAUGCCUUAAUGCACCCCACGGCCAGUGACAGUGGCAGUGACAACAGCGGGACCUGCCUUUGAAGAUUGGCUGCUGCAAGGGUUGAUGGCUGGCAUGUCGCAAAGACCACCCAGCAUGUACUGGUGUGUGGGGCCGGAGGAGUCAGCUGUGUGUCCAGAACGCGCCAUGGAGACGCUUAACGGUGCUGGGGACAUGGGCAGCAAACCGUCCACGCCAGGCGGUGACCCUACAGCGCAGUCCCCGAGGACGGAAGGCAUUCGCGCCGCGUACAGGCAGGGAGACCGUGGCGGCGCCCGGGACCUGCUCAAGGAGGCCUGCGACCAGUGCACGUCCCAGCUGGAAAAGGGCCAGCUUCUGAGCAUCCCAGCGGCCUAUGGGGAUCUGGAGAUGGUCCGCUAUCUACUCAGCGAGAGACUGGUGGAGCUGCCCACCGAGCCCAUGGAUGACAACCCAGCCGUGGUAGCAGCGUAUUUUGGGCACACGGCCAUUGUGCAGGAAUUGCUUGAGUCCUUACCAGGUCCCUGCAGUCCCCAGCGGCUGCUGAACUGGAUGCUGGCCUUGGCUUGCCAACAAGGGCACCUCGGGGUUGUGAAGCUCCUGGUCCUGACGCACGGGGCUGACCCAGAGAGCUACGCUGUCAGGAAGAAUGAGUUCCCAGUCAUCGUGCGCUUGCCCCUGUAUGCGGCCAUCAAGUCAGGGAAUGAAGACAUUGCAAUAUUCCUGCUUCGGCAUGGGGCCUAUUUCUGUUCCUACAUCUUACUGGAUAGUCCUGACCCCAGCAAACAUCUGCUGAGAAAGUAUUUCAUUGAAGCCAGUGCCUUGCCCAGCAGUUAUCCGGGAAAAACAGCGCUCCGUGUGAAAUGGUCCCAUCUCAGAUUGCCCUGGGUAGACCUAGACUGGCUCAUAGACAUCUCCUGCCAGAUCACGGAGCUCGACCUUUCUGCCAACUGCCUGGCGACCCUCCCCUCGGUUAUCCCCUGGGGCCUCAUCAACCUCCGGAAGCUGAACCUCUCGCACAACCACCUGGGGGAGCUGCCUGGCGUGCAGUCAUCGGAUGAAAUCAUCUGUUCCAGGCUACUUGAAAUUGACAUUUCCAGCAACAAGUUGUCCCACCUCCCUCCUGGAUUCUUGCACCUCUCAAAACUUCAAAAACUGACAGCUUCAAAAAAUUGUUUAGAAAAAUUGUUCGAAGAAGAAAAUGCCACUAACUGGAUCGGUUUACGGAAGCUACAGGAACUUGAUAUAUCUGACAAUAAAUUGACAGAACUCCCUGCCCUGUUCCUUCACUCUUUCAAGUCCCUCAAUUCUCUGAAUGUCUCCAGAAACAACCUGAAGGUGUUUCCAGAUCCCUGGGCCUGCCCUUUGAAAUGUUGCAAAGCUUCCAGAAAUGCCCUGGAAUGUCUGCCAGACAAAAUGGCUGUCUUUUGGAAAAAUCACCUGAAGGAUGUGGAUUUCUCAGAAAACUCACUCAAAGAAGUUCCCCUGGGACUUUUCCAACUCGAUGCCCUCACAUUCUUGAGGUUACAAGGGAACCAGCUGGCAGCACUUCCACCUCAAGAAAAGUGGACCUGCAGGCAGCUCAAAACCCUGGAUCUCUCCAGAAACCAACUUGGCAAAAAUGAAGAUGGACUGAAAACAAAGCGUAUUGCCUUUUUCACCACCAGAGGUCGCCAGCGCUCCGGGACUGAGGCAGCAUGUGUGCUGGAAUUUCCGGCCUUCCUAAGUGAGUCUUUGGAAGUCCUUUGCCUGAACGACAACCACCUCGAUGCAGUCCCUCCCUCGGUUUGCCUACUGAAGAGCUUAUCAGAGCUCUACUUGGGAAACAACCCUGGCCUCCGGGAGCUCCCUCCUGAGCUGGGGCAGCUGAGCAACCUCUGGCAGCUGGACACUGAAGACCUGACCAUCAGCAAUGUGCCUGCAGAAAUCCGAAAAGAAGGUCCCAAAGCAAUGCUGUGUUACCUGCGUGCUCAGCUGCGGAAAGCGGAGAAGUGCAAGCUGAUGAAGAUGAUCAUCGUGGGCCCCCCGCGCCAGGGCAAGUCCACCCUCCUGGAGAUCUUACAGACGGGGAGGGCCCCCCAGGUGGUGCACGGAGAGGCCACCAUCAGGACCACCAAGUGGGAGCUCCAGAGGCCGGCUGGCUCGAGAGCCAAGGUUGAGUCUGUGGAGUUCAACGUCUGGGACAUCGGGGGACCGGCCAGCAUGGCCACUGUCAACCAGUGCUUCUUCACAGACAAGGCCCUGUACGUGGUGGUCUGGAACCUGGCACUGGGGGAGGAGGCCGUGGCCAACCUCCAGUUCUGGCUGCUCAACAUCGAGGCCAAGGCCCCAAAUGCCGUGGUGCUGGUGGUCGGGACACACCUGGAUUUAAUUGAAGCCAAGUUCCGUGUGGAAAGGAUUGCAACGCUGCGUGCCUAUGUGCUGGCGCUCUGCCGCUCCCCCUCCGGCUCCAGGGCCACAGGCUUCCCAGACAUCACCUUCAAACACUUACAUGAGAUUUCCUGCAAGAGCCUGGAAGGCCAGGAAGGGCUGCGGCAGCUGAUCUUCCACGUCACGUGCAGCAUGAAGGACGUGGGCAGCACCAUCGGCUGCCAGCGACUGGCAGGGAGGCUGAUCCCCAGGAGCUACCUGAGUCUGCAGGAGGCCGUGCUGGCAGAGCAGCAGCGCCGCAGCCUGGACGACGACGUGCAGUACCUGACGGACAGGCAGCUGGAGCAGCUGGUGGAGCAGACGCCCGACAAUGACAUCAAAGACUACGAGGACCUGCAGUCGGCUAUCAGCUUCCUCAUAGAAACUGGCACCCUGCUACACUUCCCAGACACCAGCCACGGCCUGAGGAACCUCUACUUCCUCGACCCUAUUUGGCUGUCCGAAUGUCUGCAGAGGAUCUUUAACAUUAAGGGCUCCCGGUCAGUGGCCAAGAAUGGGGUGAUCAGAGCAGAAGACCUCAGGAUGCUGCUGGUGGGGACUGGCUUCACACAGCAGACGGAAGAGCAGUACUUCCAGUUCCUGGCCAAGUUUGAGAUCGCCCUGCCCGUCGCCAAUGACAGCUACCUCCUGCCCCAUCUCCUUCCAUCUAAACCUGGCCUGGACACCCACGGCAUGCGGCACCCCACAGCCAACACCAUUCAAAGGGUAUUCAAGAUGAGCUUCGUUCCUGUUGGCUUCUGGCAAAGGUUUAUAGCACGGAUGCUGAUCAGUCUGGCGGAGAUGGACUUGCAGCUUUUUGAAAACAAGAAGAAUACUAAAAGCAGGAACAGGAAAGUCGCCAUUUACAGUUUUACAGGAAACCAGAGAAAUCGCUGUAGCACAUUCAGAGUGAAAAGAAAUCAGACCAUCUAUUGGCAGGAAGGGCUCCUGGUCACUUUUGAUGGGGGCUACCUCAGUGUGGAAUCUUCCGAUGUGAACUGGAAAAAGAAGAAAAGUGGAGGAAUAAAAAUCAUUUGUCAAUCAGAAAUGAGGGACUUCUCAGCCAUGGCUUUCAUCACAGAUCAUGUCAAUUCCUUGAUUGAUCAGUGGUUUCCUGCCCUGACGGCCACAGAGAGUGACGGGACUCCACUCAUGGAGCAGUAUGUGCCCUGCCCAGUCUGCGAGACAGCCUGGGCCCAGCACACAGACCCCAGUGAGAAAUCAGAGGGUGUGCAAUACUUCGACAUGGAAGACUGCGUCCUCACGGCCAUCGAGCGGGACUUCAUCUCCUGCCCCAGACACCCGGACCUCCCCGUGCCGCUCCAGGAGCUGGUCCCUGAACUGUUCAUGACCGACUUCCCGGCCAGGCUCUUCCUGGAGAACAGCAAGCUGGAGCACAGCGAGGACGAGGGCAGCGUCCUGGGCCAGGGUGGCAGUGGCACCGUCAUCUACCGGGCCCGGUACCAGGGCCAACCCGUAGCUGUCAAGCGCUUCCACAUCAAAAAAUUCAAGAACUUUGCUAACGUCCCAGCAGACACCAUGCUGAGGCACCUGCGGGCCACGGACGCCAUGAAGAACUUCUCUGAGUUCCGGCAGGAGGCCAGCAUGCUGCACGCGCUGCAGCACCCCUGCAUUGUGGCGCUUAUCGGCAUCAGCAUCCACCCGCUCUGCUUCGCCCUGGAGCUCGCGCCGCUCAGCAGCCUCAACACCGUGCUGUCGGAGAACGCCAGAGAUUCUUCCUUCAUACCGCUGGGACACAUGCUCACCCAAAAAAUAGCCUACCAGAUUGCCUCGGGCCUGGCCUACCUGCACAAGAAAAACAUCAUCUUCUGCGACCUGAAGUCGGACAACAUUCUGGUGUGGUCCCUUGACGUCAAGGAGCACAUCAACAUCAAGCUAUCUGACUACGGGAUUUCGAGGCAGUCAUUCCAUGAGGGUGCUCUAGGCGUGGAGGGCACUCCUGGCUACCAGGCCCCAGAGAUCAGGCCUCGCAUUGUAUAUGAUGAGAAGGUAGAUAUGUUCUCCUAUGGAAUGGUGCUCUACGAGUUGCUGUCAGGACAGCGACCUGCACUGGGCCACCACCAGCUCCAGAUUGCCAAGAAACUGUCCAAGGGCAUCCGCCCAGUUCUGGGGCAGCCGGAGGAAGUGCAGUUCCAUCGAUUGCAGGCGCUCAUGAUGGAGUGCUGGGACACUAAGCCAGAGAAGCGACCGCUGGCCCUGUCGGUUGUGAGCCAGAUGAAGGACCCGACCUUUGCCAUCUUCAUGUAUGAGCUGCACUGUGGAAAGCAGACAGCCUUCUUCUCGUCCCAGGGCCAGGAGUACACCGUGGUGUUUUGGGACGGAAAAGAGGAGUCCAGGAACUACACGGUGGUGAACACAGAGAAGGGUCUCAUGGAGGUGCAGAGGAUGAGCUGCCCCGGGAUGAAGGUGAGCUGCCAGCUCCAGGUCCAGAGAUCCCUGUGGACAGCCACUGAGGACCAGAAAAUCUACAUCUACACCCUCAAGGGCAUGUGUCCCUUAAACACACCCCAACGGGCCUUGGACACUCCAGCUGUCGUCACCUGCUUCUUGGCCGUGCCUGUUAUUAAAAAGAAUUCCUACCUGGUCUUAGCGGGCCUUGCCGAUGGGCUUGUGGCUGUGUUUCCCGUGGUGCGGGGUGCCCCAAAGGACAGCUGCUCCUACCUGUGCUCACACACAGCCAACAGGUCCAAGUUCAGCAUCGCAGACGAAGACGCACGGCAGAAUCCCUACCCAGUGAAGGCCAUGGAGGUGGUCAACAGUGGCUCUGAGGUCUGGUACAGCAAUGGGCCGGGCCUCCUUGUCAUUGACUGUGCCUCCCUGGAGAUCUGCAGGCGGCUGGAGCCCUACGCGGCCCCCUCCGUGGUUACGUCGGUCGUGUGCAGUUCUGAGGGCAGAGGGGAGGAGGUCGUCUGGUGCCUGGAUGACAAGGCCAACUCCUUGGUGAUGUACCACUCCACCACCUACCAGCUGUGUGCCCGGUACUUCUGUGGGGACCCCAGCCCCCUCAGGGACAUGUUUCCCGUGCGGCCCUUGGACAUGGAACCCCUGGCAGCCAGCCACACUGCCAACCCAAAGGUGCCCGAGGGGGACUCCAUCGCGGAUGUGAGCAUCAUGUACAGUGAGGAGCUGGGCACACAGAUCCUGACCCACCAGGAGUCACUCACCGACUACUGCUCCAUGUCCUCCUACUCCUCAUCCCCACCCCGCCAGGCUGCCAGGUCCCCCUCCAGCCUCCCCAGCUCCCCGGCAAGUUCUUCCAGCGUGCCUUUCUCCCCUGACUGCGAGGACUCAGACAGGCUACACGAGCCCAGUGCUGCCUCUGACAGGUCUGAGCAUGACCUGACCCCCAUGGACGGGGAGACCUUCAGCCAGCACCUGCAGGCCGUGAAGAUCCUCGCCGUCAGAGACCUCAUUUGGGUCCCCAGGCGCGGUGGAGAUGUUAUCGUCAUUGGCCUGGAGAAGGAUUCUGGUGCCCAGCGGGGCCGAGUCAUCGCCGUCUUAAAAGCCCGAGAGCUGACUCCACAUGGGGUGCUGGUGGAUGCUGCUGUGGUGGCAAAGGACACUGUUGUGUGCAGCUUUGAAAACGAAAACACAGAGUGGUGCCUGGCUGUCUGGAGGGGCUGGGGCGCCAGGGAGUUUGACAUUUUCUACCAGUCCUAUGAGGAGCUGGGCCGGCUGGAGGCUUGCACACGCAAGAGAAGGUAAUUCCUGUGGAAUGACAGUCACACAUGCAGAGCUGGCUGGUCCCAGGCUGCAGCCUGACCCCUCUGCCAUCAGCCUCUAGUUCUCCAAGGACCUAGAAGACAGAUGGAGCUCUCCCCUGAACCCCUUGACUCCUUGCUGCUAAGAAGUGCUGAGAAGUUACCCGCCUGGCGGUGGCUCCAGGGUUCUCUGGUUCUCCGGAGCAGAGUUAUCUGAAUACCCCAUCCCCCAACUGCUGAUUUCACAGCCCCAGGGAAGACAGUGGUAUCAGGCCGGGCAGGGCCUCCGCUGGCCUCCUCCAUCAGUUUCCAGGAGCAGGGGUGGAGGAUCCCGUUCUGAGCUGGAUCAAACGAAGUAGGGCCGGGCCUUCCUGCCAUCCCCGGGUCUCAGAUGGAAUUACACUAGAGGCCCUCGGUUGGGAAGCAGUUGAGGUAGAGCAGGAGGGGGGCUGUAACCCCUGCCCUUUCCCCGCCGGAGACCUCAGGCUCUCAGCACAUUCCACAGGCUCCUGAGUCCCUGAGGCCUGGGCCAGCUUGGGCAAGCCAAGAUCAGAUGUCUCUGUGUUCGGGAAGGUCUCCGUGUGGGAAAGCCCUCGGAGGACACUGGGUGAGGAGUGUUGCCCCAUCCGGAGAAUGAAUGAGUUCCUUUAAGCGCCGCAGCCAGAAAGCCCAGAGGCGCAUAGUGCGAGUGCACCAGCUUAGCCUUUACAUUCCUCUCCAUCGACAAAAGGAAGGGGAAACUCAAUCAGCAGGACUUCAGAAAGGGCCUUGUGUUUAUAGCUUUGUCAAGUAAAUUUGGACGCAGCUGGAGCACAAGCCCUGUUUGUUUGCACAUAAAAAUCUUGUUUAUCACUUUUAAAAAUUCAGUAAUAUCUCAGCGGUCAGGCUUCUGGUUGUGAAAUCACAUUGUAUGGGAUUUAUACCAAAUUAUGUAUUUGCUAAACUUUCGCUCCACACGUGUACAGCAGAGUACGAAAAGGAAAAUUGUCCACAGGGGGUUUAUGGAUACAACAGCAAACAUUGUAUAAAUUAUGCACAUGUAUGUAUUACACACAUGCACACAUAUAUGCACACACAUGUGCAAACAUAGCCACUUUUUUGUCAAGGGUUACCCUUUGGGGCUUCUUAAACCAGAAUGGGAGUUUGAAAGAGAGAUCAUACUCCAGCUGAAGUUUGUUGACCCUUUUCUAAAAUUAAAAAGAUCAAAUUUAGUAUUUGCGGGAUAUGCAGGGGGAUGAGACUCUUUUAAUCUCAAAAUAAACAGAUUCUUUCAAGAA